AGACAAAAAGACAACUCACUACAAUCAUAUACAAGAAACUAACUCGUACUGAUACAUACUUACAAGUUAUAUUUCCAGUCUUAAUAUCCAUAGUAUUAUUAAAUGCUUGAAGAUGAGCAACAAAGCUGAAAACCUGUGUGACAAAAACUCCAUCAAAACUGAACACUUGCACAUCAUGUAGUGUUUUAAACAGAAUGAGUACCCUUUAGUUUCAUCACCAAUAGCUUGAAGAACAUAAUCUAAGUGAUACAACACAUGAGAACUAGGCCAUCAUUAUUUACCUCACAUAUGUACAAAACCUAAGUGUAGCUGAAAAGUUCUAAAUUAAUGUCUGUUGGAAAUAUUGUAUAAAAUUCGGACCAGUUCUUGCCAAGAACAAUUAAUGACAAGCAUCAAAAUGUUAUUUAUGAAAUACCAUGUUCUUGUAAACAGGCUUACAUUGGAGAAACUGAAACUGAGUGAAAGAACAUAAAUAUUGCACAAGACUGAUAACACAGAAUUCUGCCCUGGCAGAUAAUGCCAUGUUGACUGGACAUAAAAUAAACUAAGACAAUUACAAAAUAUAAACUUGGGUACAUUUUAGAAAACUAGAAAUCAAAGAAUCUCCAAAUCAUCAUGGUGAAUUUAUUACUAAAUAUAGACUCAAGCCUGGAAAUCAGCAGUUUGUGGCUACCAUUGGUCAAAUCGUUACCCAUUUCACCAACUACAUUACAAGAACCACCAGCCAGUUAAGUCAUGUCUACUUCAAUCCUCCCAACUACCAUAAAAAACUUCUGCAAAAGCUGGUGCAAGCUGACCUGAAGAUGGAAGAUGAAAGUCUUUCAAAACAGUGUCCUUUUUAUUGGAGAACUUUCAUAGAUUAGCCCUCCAAGACUGUCAUUUUGAACCAAGCAGUUGCUACCCAUUUCACCUUUGUUCAUCAUAAAUAUUCUGCCUAAAUCAUCUAUAAAAGAAUAAAUAAUAUUUGAUGUUGUCAACUUAUACUUGCAUCUCAAUGUUUUAUUGAAAAGUAGAUCAAGCAUGGAAAAGAAGACUAGUAUUUGGAAACACUUCCAGACUCAUUUUGUCCAGUAGAAAAUGUUUAUGAAGAAAACUUUGGUUUGAGAUCAUUGGGUUUUUUACUCAAUUCAGCCUAAGUUCUAAAUCUAACUUAGUAAUAUAUGCAUGAUGUUAUUGACUGAAUCAUAAGUUAAUGAUAAUAGUAUGAAUGAAAUGGAAGACGAUACACUUCAAUGUGACUGCCAUCUAGAAGUAGAUGAAAAUGUUAAUCCUUUUCAAGGCAAAAGAACUCUACCAAAUUCUCCUUUACUGCAUCAUGAGAACAACCAGGGUUUUGUCUUUAGAAGCACUGAAAAAAAUAUAAAUUCCCUGCAAUCAUUCUCAAGCUGUAAAGCGUAUUGUUCAGCAGAAGUGCUCAACUGUGAGGAGAUAAAUCAGAAUCUGAGAAUGGCCUCGUCUGAUUUCCAGGUAAUGUCUGGGGAAAAAUGUAAACCACCUGAUCUUACACAUUCUCUUACAUCAUCAACUAAUUAUAAACGGAAGAUAGAAGGUGAAGAGGAAGGUAUGGGGACAGCUUUGUCAUCCUUGAAUAGCUCUCAACUGCUCUCUUUCAACAGUGACUGUGUUGCCGGGCUCAAGUCCAUGGAGACAUCAUGUGAAACAGUGUCAAGUCUUCCAGAUCGUGGAGAACCUGAUCUCUUGUGCCACAUUCCUUGCUGGAAGGAUAGACCAAACAGAAGAACUGAUUGUAGCAAUGGAUCAACUCUUAUGCCCUCUUCCAUAGCACUUCAGAAUGUUGCUGAUUGUAGUGUUUUUACAAGUGGUGAUAAGGUCUUUCGACCCUUCCAUGAACAUGGAAGCAAGACAGCUCUCCCUGUACACAUAGAAGGGAAAAUUACAGAAAGUUUUCAUUCUGUGAUGAAAGAAGUUUUUGAUCUGAGCACAAUAUAA